AUGUCUCUCCGCGUCCCGGCUCCCGAGCGCAGCUCUUGGGCAUGGAACGCACGGACUGAGCCGCGGGACGCCCAGAAGCCGCCCGCCGCCGGGCUGGGUCUCCAGUCAGCUCCGCGGCUCCCACGAGGACUCCCGCAUCCCCGAUCCCCGGCAGGAACUAGAGGUCAAGGGCGCGGCAGCCCGGGUCUGCCCCGAGAGCGCGUCUCCUACUCGUUCUCCCGCGCGCGCGCCGGGCGCAGCGGAGUCUCUGGGCUGCUGCGCUCCACGCCCGUCUCAGCCCCGGGCGGCGGCGGACUCGCCCCGCCGCACCCCGUUCGGCUCCGGCGCUCACCCGGGCGGGGGUUGCGGGAGCGCGGGGUGCGGUGCAGUGGAGGGGGCGGCAGCCAGGUGCAGGGUCUCUUACCCCAGCGGCUCGGGGCUGAGCGUCUCUUAACACUGGCGCUCCGGGAUCUGCAGAUUUCCGCCCGCAGGAGUUGCCCAGCUGUCCAGACCCCAGCUUUCAGGCCCGCGAAAUCUCCUCAACCAGUCAGAACUACAGCCUUGCAGAGAGAUAUCAGGUGUUCCUGCAGGAGAGGUCUGGUUGCUAUAGGAGGAAAGAAGACCCCAUUGAAUGGGUUUGGAUGUGAGUUAUCAUCUACUGUGGGAUUACACUGUAUUUCAUCUGUUCUCAGUGCCACCAGCGUAAAAGUGAACCUUCAUUUUAUAGAUCACAGAAACAGUUACCAAUGAUAUGUUCAUAAUUCUUUUUCAUUGUUUACCAUUUUAUGUUACAUUGACAGAACUCUUUUAAAAUGAUGGCAGUAAAAAUUUUCUCUAGUUACAUGUCAUGUUUUUGUGAACAUUUAGGAAAUUACUUCGUUAAGAUAUACUCCUGAGUACUUUUGCACUGAGUGUCUUAGUCUUCUGAAUCACUUUCAAACUAAUCAUCAUUUUUAUAUUUCCCACACAUCAUCAUCUGUGUCACAAAGAUUAUGAGUAAUGUAGCACUUUUUUAAAUAAAAAUUUCCACUCUUAUCUUUGGUAUUUUUCUACCAGGUUUUUUCUCAAGAUGUAUAAAUAAGUGUGUAUCAAGUGAAAACCACAUUGCAGCUGCUACCUUUAACUGUAUAAUAUAGUCCCAUUUUGGAUAUGGUCAAAGGUGAAAAGCAAAUUCUCAUCUUAGACUUGACAAAAAAUUAUAAAUUUGAUAAGUUUAGCAGGUCUAAUGAUUAUUUUGGACUGCUGAUUGUCAACCUUGCCUGCAUAUUCAUUAGAGUUGAUGUUUACAGCAUGCUUAUUAUAUGAAAAUAUUUGCACAGUUAUCAAAUAUUAAUCUUACAUUUUCUUUUCAUAAAAAUUUAAACCAUGUAAAUUUAAUUGCAUUUACAUCAUAAGUUUCAUAUAUAUUAAAAUAUCAUUAUCUGCUAAGAGCUAGAAUAAGCAUGUCAGAAGAAGUUUGAUCUAAUUUGUGAAUUAAUAUUGUGAAUCUGAUUCUGGUAAUCUAUUUAGAUACUAGUAAACUAAGAAGAUCCCAAAUUAAGAGCAUCUUCAACAAAAAUAUAAUAAAGUAAUUGUUAUGAAAAUCCUAAUACAAUAGUAUGGAAAAGAAUAUUUUUACAAGAAAAAAAUGUUUGAAAUCUCUAGCUAUAUACAAAAGCAUUUUAAAGGCAUGAAAAUAAGGGAUUCAGAGCAAUGAUAGUUUAAUAUGAAACCACUUUACAAGAGAUUUUUGAAUGAGAAAAGAAUGCAAUGAAGCUUUAAAAUAUUAAUUCGUCAAUUCUAGAAUUAAUUUUUUAAAAGACAGUACAUCUACAGAAUACUGAAACAAUCCUAAUGCUGAGAAUUUAAUAUUGCCCAUUAUGCAUGUUGUACAUAAGAAAGAGCUCAAAAUCAAUUGCUAUUACAACUUUGUCAUUAAACAUAAAAUGUACAAGGAAAAUCUGCAUGCCAAAUUAAACUAAAACCCCAUGUAAGUAAAGAGAAUUUAUGCAUAGUUGAUGAUAAAAUAACUGAUAUUUUAAAGCUCUUCAAAUGUCUAGAGAAGUUUUUUCUUAUCUGGAAAUUAUAGAAAGCAAAUGAAUGUAAUCUGAGCAUGAGUCGGCUGAGAUUUCCCAAAAAUUUGGUCCCACAUUAAAUAAAUUUAUUAUUCUCUCCUCAAA